CUCUUACGCCGUUUGCGUAACGUGCCCCAAGAUGGCGUCGCGGUCGUCGUCGUUGGCCGGAGCGGUAGCAGCGGCGGAGCGGCUGGAAGUGAAGGGAGGGAUGAGGCGGGCGAAAGGCGGCAGCGCGUAGCGGGCCUCGAGGGACACAAGAGAGGAGACAGAGAGAGACUGUGGCGGGGAGGCGGCCCCCUCUCCGCCCCCGCCGUCCUUCCCCCCCUGCAGGCCCCGCCGCCCCUGGGAGCGGAGGAUGAUGAAGCUCAAGUCCAACCAGACGCGCACCUACGACGGGGACGGCUACAAAAAGCGGGCGGCCUGCCUCUGCUUCCGCAGCGAGAGCGAGGAGGAGGUGCUGCUGGUGAGCAGUAGUCGCCAUCCUGAUCGAUGGAUUGUCCCUGGGGGUGGCAUGGAGCCCGAGGAGGAGCCCAACGUGGCUGCUGUGCGAGAAGUCUGCGAAGAGGCUGGAGUGAAAGGGACGUUAGGAAGAUUAGUGGGAAUUUUUGAGAAUCGGGACAGGAAACACAGGACAUAUGUUUACGUACUUAUUGUCACAGAAGUGUUGGAAGACUGGGAGGACUCUGUCAAUAUUGGAAGGAAAAGGGAAUGGUUCAAGAUAGAAGACGCCAUCAAAGUUCUGCAGUAUCAUAAACCGGUGCAGGCCUCGUAUUUUGAAACCUUGAGGCAAGGUUGUCUGGCAAACAACGGCACUCCCGUCAUGACCACGACAUACUCCGGGAGCUCUGUGUCUGACAUCAGAUGACUGAAGACAACCUGAGGAGAGAAAUUUUGCAAAACAGACUGAAACCUGGAUUUCCCUGCCCCCUCCCCUUUUUCACAUGCCUCCUCUCUCAGACAAGGCAUGGGCAGCAGCCUGUGGCAGAGCAAGUGUUCAGAGUGCUGCAAUUUAGUGCAAGGUGGGAUUUUUUUUUUUUGUUGUUGGCUUUUUUUUUUGCUUUUUUUGGAUAUGUAUUUUGUAAAAUACAUUUUGUGCAUGAAGUGCCCCUUUCCCGUUACACUGCUUCCAUGGCCUGGCUAGCGAGGCUGCCAGUUUUGCCUCUGCCUUGUGUUCUGAAGUGUCCCAUUUGUGUCAUCCCGGCCAUAGCCACUUUUCUUUUUUUUUUUUUUUUAAUUAAAAGACUUCAAAUGUGAGAUCAGCUCUUCAAGUCUUAGUCUGUACUGUAAGGUGCUGUUCAGACCUGCGUGGUGGUCACUUUCAGCGCAUACAUAUGAACUUUUUUUAGGUGGAGAAUCUAACAUUUUAAUUUUGCGGGAAUUUUUUUUUUAAUCUUGGUCUGCUUCUGAAGAGAAGGGUUCAUAAUUAAUCUGUUUGCCUUUUGUUCUUUUAUUUUUUAAAAAAAAAUACACGUUCUGUGACAGUGCUGGUGGCUGGGCCAGUUUAUUCCCCGUACAGUAUCUCUUGACUUAGUGCAGUGACACUUGAAGUUGAGGGCAGAGUUUUGAUCACCUGCAGACAUCCCUGCUGCUCCGUUGCUUCUCCUACAGCUUCUGCCAAUGUUUCUGCAUUUACAUCCGUAUGAAACAAACAAACAAAAAAAAAAAGGAGUUGGUCUUUUAACACUUGGCCAAAAAUAAAUAGCCUGAGAAACGCUACGAUAGAAAAAGAAUUUCAUUGUCUCUGGUAGGAAUCAGGGAUUCAGAGUAGGGUCAAAGUCUUGACAAACUGGAGCGUUCAUCACCAAUGCUGUCCCGCUGAUCCUGCUGCGCUCUGCUGAUGUCUCUUCUUGUCCACAUGCCUUAUUCCGUACUGAACUGGAUACUUGUAAUUUGUGCUAAAGCAUCGGAUUGUACUUCCUGAGUGUUUACUGCACGAACCCUCGGUGGGAUAAUCGCAAGUGGCCCUGAAAAGAAGUCCUGGGGGGCAAGCUCAGGUGUUUGGUCUCUUGUCCUGUGGUUCUGC